AUGAAUAAAUGUAAUAUAUUAUUAUUAUUUUUAUUUAUAUUUUAUCAAUUUAUAAAAAUAAUAAAAUCAAGUUAUGAAUGUGAAUUAUUAAAUACAGAUUUAUGUUUAUCAGCAUAUCCAAAUUGUUUACCAUUAUUUUUAAAUAGCUGUUGCCCUGGUCAAAUGGGUAUUUGUUCAACAAUGGAUAGUGCAGUUAAAUAUGGAGAUGAAAAAUCAAAAAAUGUAACAGGUUGUCUUAGACACAUUCAAUCAGGUGUUGUUUAUGAAUUAUAUGGUCCAAUAGAUAGUAUGGUUGGUUUUGAAUUUUUUCCAACUCCAAAUAAAACUUGCGAAGAUUUAGGAUGUAAAAAUAAAGGAUUAGAAUGUUUAAUUGAACCAAUUGAAAAAUGUGAAACAAUUUUAAAAUCACCAUGUUGUGUUUCUGAACCAAAGUGUAAUCAAAAUAGUAAGCUAUUAUUAACCAAUGUUACCUAUGGUAAUGGUAAUUGUGAUUCAUCAUGUCCACCAGAAUUUAAUUGUAGAUUCAUUGGAGAUGUACAACAAUGUUUACCGUCGAGAUGUGGUUUAGUUGAAUGUCCACAAGGUACAGAGUGUAAACCAUUGGAUGGAUUAGAUAUUGUAUCAUGUUUUAAAACAAUUUUACCAGUACCAAGUAAUCAGAGUGUAACAUGUGACCAAAUCAAAUGCCCAGAUCAAUUCUAUUGUGGCAAAGGUAUUUUCUCAGAUGCAGAUUGUAUACCAUUGAAUAUUGACUUAAUAGGUCGUGAAUUUGAUUGUAAUCUUUGUCCCACCGAUUGGAAAUGUGAUAAAUUUGGGUGGGGUGGUUUAUGUAUUGAAUGGAAACCAUUUAGUCCUGGUGAUGGUGAGCCUUGUUUAGGUGGUGUAUGUUUAUUCAAUCAAUAUUGUAAUACUACAAGUCAACAAUGUGAAUUUCCAAAAUGUGAUGACGCAACUUGCCAUAAAGGAAUGAGUUGUAUUCAAUAUCAAGUAUCUCAUCCAAGAGUUUGUGCAACUACAAAUGUAAUACCUUUUACUUCAUUACCUGAUUCAUUAGUACCAUAUACAAAAUAA